AUGGGAUGGCUGUGGAGCUCUACCCCUCCAAGGGACACUUCAAGCGACUCAAAGCCCCUAGCGGCACCGCAAUCCACAACUCAAAAUGCACCACCCAAGACGUUGACACCAGACGAACAAGCCGAUCUGGAAUUCAACCUGCUUCUGGCCGAUCUCCGAAAAGCUGAAAAUGGACCGAGCAAUGAUUCACAAUCUUCCACGUUAUCAUCGAGUGGCGCACAAUCCCCCGACCAACCUAUUUCAUCCAUCGCUCCCGAAUCCCUCUACCAAGACACUAUGUCCUGUCGCACAGCCUUCGACUACGCCUUCUUUUGCCAGUCAUUUGGUGGACAAUUUGUGAAUGUGUAUCGAUAUGGAGAGCUGCGAUCUUGCAGUGAACACUGGGAUAACUUCUGGCUGUGCAUGAGGACCCGAGGCUGGUCAGACGAAAUGCGCAGAAAGACGAUUCGAGACCACAAUCGGAAAAAGGCUAUCAAGUACAAGACGGGCCCUAGUAGUGAGGAUGUGUGGGAUGUGAGACUUGAGCCUGCGAAGGAGUCCUUCCAGGGUGAUUUCGCUGCUUUAGAGCGGGAGAUGAAAGCUGAAGAGGAGGCUCAACAGAAAGCGGCAGCAUGA